AUGACGCAGCUUUUCGCGUCUAGUCCGUCGGCCAUGACAAAUACCGAAAAGCGUGGCAAUUUCCCCGGCUUGUCGUUGCCGUCCCGAAAACACUCCAACGAGUCGAGCCACCUACCCACGAAGAUCAAAAACUUCUUCCGCAUCAACAGUUCCAGCAGUCAUUCCUCGUCCCAUGGCGGGAGCCCGGUUAGUAAUGACCGCGAGCGCGAGAAGGACAGCCCUGCGAAGAACGAGAAAACCCCCUUCCGACAAUCUCGAUUCCUCCCUACAAUCGGUCGCAACCGUUCUACAACCGUUGCGAGUGAAGGCAACCCUCUAGAUGAUGGUGUCUCACCUACCGCUUCCGCCAAUCCUUACUUUGCCCACCAAGGCCAGCCCGCAUUGCGACACCGAAAUGAUGGAUCCGUCCCCUCAUCUCCUCCUGAUACCCCCGAGUUGCAGGUCACCGGGGUCUCGGCAGUGGAACAGGCCAAUACCGCCAAUAAGGAGGAACUGGCGCGCAAACUACGCCGGGUAGCAUCUGCCCCCAAUGCCCAGGGUCUAUUCUCCAACGGCCAGGGUGACGGUCGUCCUCAGACUGGUGAAAUGGGCAAGGAGCCUCUGGUGGAGGUUCCUGGCCCCGAUGGGUCGAUGGGUCUUGCCGGCUCAGUGCCUGAAAAGGUCUCCGCGCUCUCAGUGCCGUCGAUUGGGAUUGGCAACAAUGCCGAUAACAAUGCUUCAUUCCGUCGUACGUAUAGCUCCAAUUCGAUCAAGGUUCGCAACGUGGAAGUUGGUCCGGCAAGUUUCGAUAAGAUCAAGUUGAUUGGCAAGGGUGAUGUGGGGAAGGUCUACUUGGUUCGCGAGAAGAAAUCAAGUCGUCUUUAUGCCAUGAAGGUCCUGAGCAAGAAGGAAAUGAUCAAACGUAACAAGAUCAAGCGCGCCUUGGCUGAACAGGAAAUUUUGGCUACCAGCAACCACCCAUUCAUUGUUACCCUGUAUCAUUCCUUUCAGUCUGAGGACUACCUGUACCUGUGCAUGGAGUACUGCAGUGGUGGUGAAUUCUUCCGAACAUUGCAAACUCGACCUGGGAAAUGCAUCUCUGAAGAUGCUGCACGUUUUUAUGCUGCCGAAGUUACUGCGGCCCUGGAGUACCUUCACCUGAUGGGCUUCAUCUACCGAGACCUCAAGCCAGAAAAUAUUCUCCUCCACCAAUCUGGUCAUAUCAUGCUUUCGGACUUUGAUUUGUCCAAGCAGUCUGGGCCGGGUGGUGCUCCAACCAUGAUUCCUGGACGGAGUGGUGGUUCCUCAAUGGCGGCCCUGCCCACUAUUGAUACCAAGUCUUGCAUUGCCGAUUUCCGUACGAACUCAUUCGUCGGAACCGAGGAGUACAUCGCUCCCGAGGUGAUCAAGGGAUGUGGUCACACUAGUGCGGUUGAUUGGUGGACUCUCGGUAUCCUGAUCUACGAGAUGCUGUACGGAACUACCCCUUUCAAAGGCAAGAACCGCAAUGCAACCUUUGCUAGCAUUUUGCGAGAUGAACCGUCAUUCCCCGAGCACUCUGGUGCCCAGCAGACGUCCAACUUGUGCAAGUCUUUGAUUCGCAAACUGUUGAUCAAGGAUGAAACGAAACGUCUCGGAGCUCGCGCAGGCGCCUCGGAUGUUAAGACUCAUCCCUUCUUCCGGACGACCCAAUGGGCGCUCAUCCGCCACAUGAAGCCGCCAAUGAUUCCCCAUCAGGGUCGUGUGGGUACGGAUACUGUGAACUUCCGCAACGUCAAGGAGAGUGCCAGUGUGGAUAUCGGGGGUACCAACCCUAACAAGAUGAAGGGAGUGCCCAUGGAUUCAGGUCUGGCCACCCCGAACGGCGAAUUGAACGAUCCUUUCGAGGAGUUCAACAGUGUCACUCUCCACCACGAGGGAGACCACUAA